AUGUCUGGUGCUUUGGCUGUCAUUGAUAGUUUACAAGUUAGGGGUAUGAAGUGUGAUUGGGUGUGCCAAACGUGUGGUAUGGAGAGAGAGUCCAUUAAUCAUGUGUUAUUCUCUUGUACGCUGGCUAGACAGGUUUGGGCCUCUUCAGGCUUCCCUCAUCCUCUUGGGGGCUUUGAUGAAAACUCAGUAUUUGCCAAUGUUAGCUAUCUGUUUAAGACUUGGCGUACAAAGGAGGAUGUGCGAUGGAUUACGAGGAGCUUCCCAUGGACAUUUUGGUUUCUAUGGAAAAAUCGUAACUCUUUAUUGUUUGAAGGGUUCUUAUUUGAUGGAGACCAAAUAUGCGCCAAAGCAGCUGAAGAGGCCAACUUAUGGUUUCUGGCUCAGGAGAUGGCGUGUGAGCGAAGUGAGGAGAGUGAUCAAGGGUCCUCUUUGCGUAAUCAAGUCUAUAUUGCUUUGCCACGUGAGUUUGUUAAAUGCAAUAUCGGAAUGCGCUGGUCCAGGAAGAAACGAGAGGUUGGAGCCGCAUGGGUUUUAAAGGAUACAAGAGGUAUGACUCUUUUGCAUAGUCGUAGAUCUUUUACUGGUGUUUGGUCAAAAGAGGAGGCAUAUUUUCUGAGUUUGCUUUGGGCGGUGGAAAGCAUGAUCUCCCACAAAUGUCAAAGAGUCUACUUUGCUCUUGAAUGGAGGAUGUUGGCGAAUGCCAUUAAUAGACCACAUGCGUGGCCUUCCUUCAAGUUUAAAGUGGCAGAAAUUAGAUGUUUGCUUGGGGAACUGUUGGCGUGGCGGGUUGUUUUUGAAUCAUCUGAUCAUAGUAGGGAUGCCCGUCUUAUUGCUAAUAGUGUUAUGACUGGCGAUCGGUUUCAGUCUUAUGUGGCUAGGGGAUCUCCUAGAUGGUUACUUAAUUCUUUUUUGUAA